CUCUUGUGAAUUUGAUUGACCAGUUGACUUCCUAUUUAUUUCGAGAUUAAUGACAAAGUUUUGGUACUAUGCCUUCAGUCUCUGCUUACCAUGGUCAUUCAUAGAACUUGCAUAUGUUCGUCAGGGUCCUACUCCAAAAGAAAAACCUUACGCAUCCAUACUGUACACAGCAGUUGUCCGAGGCAAAGUGGCUCUUCCAUGUGACAUCUCCUCCCCCUCCACCGAUGACUCCGCGGCUCUCAUCCUGUGGUACAAGGAUGACUCAGCUCAACCUAUUUAUACACUGGAUGCUCGGAAGGGUAAUGUGGACCAAGCCCACCAGUCCUCUGGUCAUCAGCUGGAAAACCGUGCUUAUUUUAACAUGAUCAACAGGCCAGCGUUUCUGCAACUGGAUCCAGAUGACGCAGGGGAGUACAGAGGAAGGGUAGACUUCCACAAGGCCCGAACUGUUAACACGGUCAUCACGUUGAAAGUUAUAGUUCCUCCCAAAGAACCAAUUAUCGUGGAUGAAAACGGGAAACAGCUGAAGGGUUUGGUUGGACCGUUCAAUGAAGGACAAUCUUUGACGCUGACAUGCAGCGUCACCGGAGGAAAACCUCGUCCUUCUUUAACCUGGUGGCGAGAUUAUACCCUUUUGGACGACAACUAUACUUUCGGUUCCGAUGAGAUGGUUCAAAACAAAAUUAUUAUUCCAGAGCUGGAGAGAGACGAUUUUAGAGUUGUUUUGACUUGCCAGGCAUCAAACAACAACAUAACAAUUCCUUCUUCGACGACGAUUACCCUAAAACUUAAUUUAAAACCAAUCGAAAUAGAAAUUACACCUUCUCACCGCCCAAUGUCAGCAGAUAAAGAAGUUAAACUAACGUGUGUGACACGAGGUUCUCGGCCACCAGCUAAAAUCACUUGGUGGAAAGGAUCAGAACAGUUAGCAACCUCUGGUGGCAGCAUGAUAACAGAAGGUGACACAACUACUAGUAUUUUUAAGUUCUUGCCUUCUGUAGAGGAUAAUGGAAAAUACCUGUCAUGCAGAGCUGAAAAUACAAAGGUUCCUGGAAGUGGUAUUGAAAGAGGAUGGAACAUAGAAGUUCACUAUCCUCCAAGCGUCUCAUUACGGGUGGUUUCUUACUCCAAAAAACAAGACAUAGAGGAGGGAGAUGAUGUUACAUUUGAAUGUGACAUUAAAGCCAACCCGUGGGUGAAUGAAAUAAAAUGGCAUUUCAACACAGACGAACUUGUCAGCAACCCCUCACUAGGUGUAGUCAUCAGUAGCCAGUCAAUGGUUCUACAGAGCGUGAAAAAAAGAUUCAGGGGGAAAUUCUUCUGCUCAGCUACAAAUAGUGAAGGCGUGGGUACCAGCAAUGAGAUCUUUCUGAAGGUUAAGUAUGCUCCAGUAUGUCAACCUGGCCAAAAGUCCAUUUAUGGAGUUUUGAAUAAAGAAAGUGUUCAAGUCCUGUGCCAACUGGACUCAGAUCCAAACGAUAUUACAUUUCACUGGCGUUUCAAUAGUUCUGCUAAAGUAACAGACAAAAUCCUUCAUACAAUUCACAGCAACAAAUGUCAAAGUACAGCAUCUUACAGCAUACAGACUGAUGAAGACUACGGAACUUUAUUGUGUUGGGGGGAGAACACAAUAGGAGUGCAAAAAGAUCCCUGCGUCUUCAAAAUAAUACUUGCAGAGCCUCCAGAACCAGUUCAAAACUGCUCGAUAUUUAACCGUACAGAGGAGCUAAUCCUGGUGGAGUGCCUUGAAGGAUUUGACGGAGGAUUGGAACAAACAUUCAUGAUAGAAGUUUACACAAAAGAAAGCGGAGCCCUCCACGCUAAAGUUUCGUCACCUGUUCCAGUUUUUUCUGUGAACGGACUUACCCCGGGGACAUUCUACAGACUAUUAGUUUACGCGGUAAAUCGUAAGGGACGUAGUUCUAUUGUGACUCUUUCAUCGAGCACCAUAAGACCAGCUGAAAAACUAACCGGAGAGAGAGCUGGUAUGCUUGUUUCCAGUUCGAUAUUAGCCGUAUUUAUUGGUUCUACAGUUGCCUUGGUCUUCUUGGUAAUAAUCCUGAUUAUCGUGAUCAAAAUAAGAAAGAGGAGGAUACUGAAAGCUCAACGAGAGAGCAGUGCAAGAGACAAAUUAGAAGUACCGCUAAAGAAAAACGUUGGUGACGUCAGUGAAGGUCCAGAUAUAAUACCUGCUAAGAACUUGAACAGGGAGAGGUAUUUAGGCUGUAAAAAGGAUCCAGAAGAAAAGUGUAUCCAGCUACACGUUACACCUUCUUCAACACAAAGUUAUUUUGUCAAAGAAGAGUUAAUGAUUAGUAGUCCUUCGUCAAGUAAAGAGGUCAUUUACCUUCCCGAGAUAUCAUAUAGAAGUCCCAUCCACAACCUUGGGGUUAGGUCACAGGGUAGAGCUUCACCACAACCUCAAGACAAAACCCAAAGAUAUACAGCCUCUCCUGAAACUGGUCUACACACUAAACAACAAGAAAAGAACUCUGGACAAAGUAGUCAAGAUAAUCCAAAGAGAGGUACAGAGGAAGAAGACCAGCCUAUAAUACCAUCGAUGUCUGUACUCAAUAACAAACAAGAAAGUGCCGUAUAACUAGAAGAUCAACAAAUGAUAUUUUAAGAUCCUGAUUCAUGCGAAUCAUGAUCAAUCGCACAUUUGGAUCCUUAGAAGUCGUUCCACGCGACUCUUAUCUACCAACCGUUAGCUAUCCUGUUGUCCUUCGCGGUUACUGGAAGUAAAAGAAAAAAACUGACUCAUCCAAAACGUUAACAAAGUUGGAGCUUACAAGAAUGAUUCUAGUAAAGAGUAGGAAAAUACUGACUAUUACAUUUCAAUAUUGAGAAUGUAUCCAUCCUUCACGAUAAAAGCUGCUUCAUGAGGAAAGUGACUUCUUAUGCUGUAGUAAACUAAAAUACUUUCAUAUCAACAGCUUCCGUUACACGUUAAAUUCCUAUAAUUAUUAUUGUUUAAUAUUCCACUGUAAUUUGCUUGUUUUGUUUUUUGUUGUUUUUGUUUUUCAGUGGUCGGUACUAUUUAUUAAACGAAAACGUCUAAAACAAACUUAACAUUCGUCAAAGCCUUUUACCACUAGAAAAAGUUUAAAGUUUUGUUUUAAUUUGUAAUUGCACUAUUGAUACGGGGCCUUUCAAUAGGUAAAAAAAGAUGAUCAGCGCUAGCCUAUUGUUCAAAUCAUAAAAUUUACGUAAGGCCUAGGGAGAAAAACUAUAGAACAUAAUAAACGCUUGGACAUGCGCAUUUGAAAGUUGCAAAAUUUUGAUAUAAAUAUCAAACCAAAAUAAUUAUAAUUGACUUUCAGGUCUUGAAUCAAAUGUGUAUUUUAUCACUACACAUUUACAGCAAAAAAUUCCAAUAACUUUCUAUAAUAAUUAUCGCAACCUGUACACGGAUAUCUAAAGUUUAGAGAAAACAGUUUCAUUUUACACUGAUUUUUAUUUCACCCAGAUAUACAUGUAUGUACCGCUUUAUCGGUGAAGUGAAAUAUUUAUUGAAAGUCAGUGAUAUGGCUUAUAUGCUAUAUGCUUUUCAUAGAGUUAGGAUAUAAAUUAACCGUAUGUGCUUAGAUGUGGAAAAAAUAUGUCGGUAUUUUCCAGUGUAAAUCACAUAAAUAAUAAAAUAUCUCCAUUUUUACAACAGACAAUAUACAAUGUAUUAAUAUCUGCUCUAUGCUUCAUUCACAAAAAAAAGUUGUCACAAUGCAAUAGGAUUUGCGAAACGAAUCUUCGCGAUGUUUUUUUUUAUCAAGAAUCAACAGACAUCAACCAUCUCAAUAAGAAAAUACAAUAACGUCUAUAAAAAUUAUUGCGACUCGCAAAAAACUAUCUAGCUUUUAGAAAUAUAAAGUCAGUAUUUUCACUGAACCUUAUUCAGCUCCAUAGUAACCUCUGGAGGCUGACACAAAAGUCUAUUUCAUUGUAUCAAAAUUUAUAUUGAUGUUUUUCUUUUAAAUUUCCUAUCAUGCGUAGAGAUGCUUGUGUGUGGUAUUUGUGAUAAAAAAUGUCUAUACUUUUAAUUAGUCAAUAGAACGUAUUACAUUUGCAGCAUUUGAGAAUUGUGUUUUUGUUCUAAAUAUGUUGUCCCAGUAAGAGAUGUUUUUGUAUAAAAGUAAGAAGAUGUCUUAGUUUAGACCAAAACAUGGGAUUUGGUCCGUAAAUGUAACUACUGCUUAAUAAUGGGCCCUACUCUGUAACUGUAAUUAAUUCUUAAUAUUCCUUUUGUAUAACUUAACUAACGAAAUUCAUUUAAUCAUAAAACUUUCUUGUUUAAAACAGAUAGGAAUUGUGACAUUUUAACUAAUUUCGUGUCGAUAUCUAUUUAUCUCUUUGCAUUAGUUACGUGUUCGUCAUUUGACCAGUCCUUUUAAUCAAACUGUGAUAUUUUUAUAGACAUUUUGGCCAUAAGUUAAUGAAGCUGUUGAUAAGAAAGUACUGGUAAUGAUGUGCUACGCUAUUUGAUAGUUUUUUCUUCAAUCAAGAUCAUAAAUAACCGAAAUAUCUGGAAUGAGAUUGCAUAUAAAAAUAGGAAAUUUUAUAUGUUGUCCGAAUUCUACAAAUAUGACUGCUUAUACACAAAUUAGAAAACGUUCUCCAGUAUUCAUUAAUGUUAUUUUCUUUCGUAUUGAGCACUCCCACGCUAAAAUAAAUGUUUCACAUUGUUGUG